GAGAUCUGUUUUGGGAAGCGGCAUUCUAUACUGUUUCGCUUAGUGGUCAAGGAUGUUAUAUUUAUACCUGGGCUUUCGAGUACUUUCCUUUUCCCUGUGCUCAAAUGAAUUAAAAGAAAAUAUGUGAUUAUUGCCGGUAUUCCCAAACUUAAUCACGGGAUGACCGAUGCUUCAGGCGGUAUUCCUUUCAAAACGCAAAAUCUCCAAGAAGGGGACCGAUACAUCAAAAAGGGCAGGGUCUUGUUCCCAUGUCCAUCAUCCCUAAAUAUCUCAGAUCUUGCCCCAGAUCAAGAGAUCCUUAUCGUUCUCAGCAAACAGAUGGGCAGGAUCGUUCUUGAGUAUGACUUCUCUUACGUGACCAAAUCUGGGCGUGGAGUGCGACCUGCUGAGGCUGAAGCAAUGAGGCUUGUGUCAAAGCACACCUCUGUUCCUUUGCCUGAAGUGUUCUACACGGAUUUUCGCCCCGACAACGGGAGGAUUGAGAUGAGUCGUAUUCCAGGAUCUCCUCUAAAGGAGAAGUGGGAUACAUUGGACGAGAAGAGCAAAGAGUCUGUUUGUCUACAAAUCUGGGAUAUGGUUUCCAAGAUACGAGCUAUUCCACGUCCACCAGAGCUCAGAGAUCUUGUCCAAUGUGCUGCCGAUGGCACUCCAUCAAGGGACCCAUUGCUUCGUGACCUGAAAGACCCGGCUCGGCCCCUGACGAAAGAUUCAGACCUGCAAGCUCGCAUUUUCGAGCGAUAUUUGCAUUUUGCAGGUCGUCGAUAUGAACAUAAAUUACCUGACAUGCUGCCGCGGUCUGACUGUACUGUGUUCACGCACGCUGAUAUAGCGCCUCGCAAUAUUAUGAUUGACGAGCAGAAAAAAGUCACUGGCAUUCUCGACUGGGAAUUCGCAGGAUGGUAUCCGGAUUAUUGGGAAUAUGCGCAGAUUCUAAGGCCGGCUUUCUGGGACGACUGGUCAAUAUGGAUGGAACGGACUGCCCCGCAGAAAUGGGAUAUUAGCGGGAUCAAUGCCGCCAGGCGGGUCUUGUUCUAGCAUUGUCUUCUCACGACGAUUGAUCUCUGGCUUCCGUGUAUUGCUCGGGCCUACGAUGGCGUGCGGUCAGAGACUGCUCGACAGAAGAAGAGCUACGCAGGCUGUCUAUGAUCCAUUUGAUACUUGGCCUCCAGUAUGUCUGGAUGGAACGUUGCCUGACCUCUCUCCCAGUGGAGUAAAGCCCGGUCUGGUGAGCUUGGUGGAAACUCUUUUAAUAGUUGUCAAUCCUGGGAGCAACUAGGCUCUUCGCAAGAAGGCAUAAUCUCACCUCAUCCAUCUGCCUGAUUC